UAUCGGGGAGUGAACACGAACGUCAGUGCGACCCCAAAUAGACGAUGUUUUCAUUAACCUAGAAAACAGUUGCGAAAGUGAACUCUAAUGGUGAAGGACCACCGUUCUGUGAAUGAAUUAACUAUAGAGAAGGUGUCCAAACUCUGUGUUUCGUUAUAUGUUUCGUCAACUGUUUUAAAUUUUCAAAAGAGUUCCGUUUUACGGUUGUGUUUAGAAGUGUUUGUGUACGAUGUGCUUGAUGAUGAACGAGGGAAGUUUAUUUCGUUUUACGGUUUGGACGAGGUUAAGAGCUUCUAAAGCGGCUGUCAGGGAAAUAGUGAUAGUUACUUAGUGUCAAUGUCCAAAAUUUGUAAAUAUCUAGGAAUAAUUUUAAUUUUAGCUAGAUAAAAAAUGUAUAGUAUCGAAUUAGGAAGGACUUUGAUAGCGUUUGUCCUGCUCGCUGUGUCCACGUCACCGUCGGCUACGCAGAACACCAUUAUGUCAGGGAGCCCUCUAUCGUCAGUGACGGGGACGGUGACCAGGGUGUCGGCAGUGGUUGGUGGCGAGGCGGAGUUACCUUGCGACUCCCGUCCGCCGCAACGCAACGAUAGUCUCCUUCUCGUCGUGUGGUAUCGUGAUGAUAAUCCUGUUUACAGUUACGACACGAGAGUCCCAGGGCCGACUGCACAUUGGUCCGAUGAAGCGUUCGGGGAGCGCUCUCGAUGGCUGGACUAUCCUUCUCCGUCGCUCCACAUACGAGACGUCCAGUCGCGCGACAGAGCGACGUACAGAUGUCGCGUCGAUUACCAAGUCUCACCCACUAGAAAUUAUAGAAUCGCGCUCGAUGUUAUUGAGCUCCCGAGUAAGCCAAUGAUCUUUGACGAAUACGGAAAAGAAAUAUCCGGCAUAGCGGGACCCUACAACGAAGGGGGUGAUUUCAAACUUAUUUGCUCCGUAAAUGGAGGUAACCCAACUCCAAGACUUCAAUGGCUCCAAGGCGAGACAGUGCUGUCAUCGUUAGGAGCUGGUGAACUUCAGCCUUCAGGGGCCAUAAGGUCAUUGACCUUGGUGGUCAGAAAUGCGACAAGAGCGCAUCUAUCUUCCACAUAUACUUGUACAGCAGAUAAUACUAUAUUAUCAUCUCCACAAAGAGCGACAGUGAAAGUGGACCUUUAUUUGAGGCCACUCUCAGUAGAAAUCUUGUCGAGAGAACAGCCUCUGUCUGUGGGACGGAAGGCGGAACUGUGGUGCCGGUCGGUAGGAGCACGACCGCCUGCUACCAUCACGUGGUGGUUGGGUGGCAAGCAACUGAAGUCUUCGAAGCAACGGGAAUUGGACGAUGGCAACGAGACUCAAUCGCUGCUGCAAUGGACUCCCCUUAAGGAGCACAAUGGCUUGACACUCACCUGUAGAGCCGAGCACACGAAAUUCAAUAGAUCGACCAUCGAAAGCAAACUUCCAUUGAAUGUGUACUAUGUACCAGUGGCGACGAUUCACCUCGGGGCGAAGAUGAAUCCGAACGACAUUGAGGAGGGGGAUGAUGUCUACUUCGAAUGCAAGGUCGACGCCAACCCGCCGGCUUAUAAAGUCGUCUGGGAACACAAUGGCGUCCUACUCCAGCACAAUGCGGCAGGAGGUGUCAUUCUCACGGGGAAUACCAACCUGGCAUUGAGGAACGUAUCAAGACAUCAAGCUGGGAAGUAUUCCUGUACAGCCUCCAAUGUGGAAGGGGACGGGAAGUCUCUGCCGCUGUAUAUGCAAGUUGUUUACCGCCCUAUAUGCCGGAAGAGGGAAAUAAAACUGAUCGGUGCAGCCCUCCAAGAGUCCUCGACCGUGGAGUGCGAAGUGGAUGCCUACCCUCCUCCAGACACCUUCGAGUGGAUUCUUAACAACUCCGCAGGGUCCAUAAAGGUCGACCCGGAUCGUUUCACAGUAGAAGCGAAAGAAGGCCGCUCUCUGCUCACAUAUACGCCGGUCUCCGACGUGGACUACGGCACAUUAUCAUGUAAAGCCUCCAACUUGGCUGGGCAGCAGACAGCACCCUGUAUAUAUACUCUGAUGCCUGCCACAAGGCCCGACCCGCCUACCAACUGCACCGUCUACAACCUGACCGACGAUUCUUUGGACCUGAUGUGUCUUGCAGGAUACGAAGGCGGUCUGCAGUGCGUCUACGUAGCAGAAGUUUGGGCUAAUGAAGGCCUGGUAGUCAAUUCAAGCAAUGGAGCUGCUCUCUGGAAUCUCCGAAGACUGGGAGCGAAGAGACAGCUCCGAAUAGUCGUAUACGCUGCCAAUGCGAGAGGCAGAUCUGAACCUGUUUCGUUCACAGUCGAAACUGCUCCUAGACUAUCGCCAAGGACUGAAGCUCAAGAGGCGUGGGAGAUGAAUUGGGCACUGGGUGGAGUCCUAGGGGCUGCCUUGACAGUGGCCAUCAUACUUUGUCUGGCCUUCAUCGCUACGAGGCUCAGGCAUCGAGCGAGAGAUUAUGAAGUGACGAUACCUUCAACGAAGAACCAGAAGGCAACAAUACCGAAAAGGAAUUCUCCCCACGGACCUGACGAUCGGAAUCCGGAUCUUAUACCACUAAGUAAAGGGGUGUCGGAAUCUCCGCCCGACCCGCCUCUUUACUCGGCGGUGGUAACCACUCCCGAGUGUAAGAACUCAACCAGCGCACACAGCCUGGCCCGCACUCACUCGCCGAGCACGCCGCUAUCGCCUCACGCUCAGUACACUGACUCACAGAGUGAAUCCGGUAGGAGUGGUGUAAACGGGACGAUAAAAUCGCACCGAGAAGUUGUGACGACUCGAACACCGUUACUAGCAGCACAUCAAGAAAGUUGCGUCUAAUAAAAUUAUGUAAUUAACAAUUAAAAGUGGCUAAUUAAAUAUAAAAGUGACAUAUCGAGUCGCAAUCCAUCGAUUUUUAGCAAAUCAUGCCUCCUUUUUAAUGCCGUCAAUGAUUGUAAUGUCAAAUUAUAAGAGUAUAUUUUUAUCUGUUAAGUUUUUUAUAAAGGUGAAAAUAAAAUUAAUAGAUAUCUUAGAUAUUUAUUUUUAACAAAAAACAACCAAGUAAUAAUUUGAUUAAGUUACAUUUAUUAACUUGAACAUAGUUUAUUUUUAUAUUAUUAUUAAUUACAACAAUUAUUGAAAUUAUUUAGCUGUAGCUACUUUAUUAGCGUACAAAGUUAAAUUGUAUGAGUUGAAAGGGAUGGCGUUAGACAAUUUAAAUUUCGAGACAAUGACUGAUAAUGAUCAUAAUGUAUAUAGUAAAAUCUUUAGUAAAUACUUACUGAAAAUAUCUCGUUCUAAAUACAGCGUUAGACUCUCUAAAAGAUAGUUACGGAAGUAAAACUGAAAAGCUCUAAGCUACAUCACUGUAUAGUUUUGUAGCGGGCUGCGGAAGUUCCGACUAAUCGGAUUUCACACGAACCGAUUUAAACGUUGCUGACACUGUAUUCAUCCGCCGCAAAUAGCUUCAAUCCAAUUCGUGAAGCAAUACGAAUAAUCGGAAGCUCUGUAACCCGCUUUAUUUACUAGCAUAAGUCGUGUAUGAUAAAACCCACUUAUUACUUUUAACAUUUAUUUUAAACAAUUUUUUUUAUUUUUUUUUUCCCAAAUCAUCGCACCUUCAUAGAUUAAAAAUAUUGUACAAAAGAAAUAAUUAGUUAACAUGUAAAUGUAAUUAUAAAAUUUUACCAUCAUAGAGAAUUGUUAUUAAUUUAUUCAUAGAUGAAUUGAGGCCAGAAUCUCGUUGUUAAUUUAAAUUAGAGGCGAUUAAUAUAAAUAACGAACACGUUUUGUGUAUAUUUUACCUACUAGCUAAUAAUGUUACGUUUAAUUAAUUAGUUGUUGUAACUACUGCAUUUUUCUUAAUUGUUAACCAUUAAAAAAACUAGUAAUUAUAAAAUAUUAUAUUUUUAUUGUAAAGUUUUAAGUGACGACAAUUUUACGGACAAUACCAUCUUGAUAUUUUCUUGUAAAAUAAAAGUUAUUUUAUUUAAUGUAUCGCACAGACUGGUUGUAAAAAAAAGGAAAUUAAUUGCUCAUUGUGAAUAAAACAUGAAUUUUAUCUCUACUACGCACGAAAUAAAAGUUAAAAUUAUGAGUACGUUUAAAAAAGCGAUGAGCAUUUUUUAUUACAUGUGAUUCAAUAAAAUGUCAAAACUA